AUGCCUUACACAGAACAAUGCUCUCGCUCGAAUCAUCUAAAUUUACUAAACCACCAUGCGAACCAAGUUGAUCGGUUUAUCCCCAACCUGGUUAGUAACGUCAACUUUCAUGGAUUAACUGACUCUCACGUUGAUGAUAAGUUCAUCACGGAGGAAUUAGAGCCCGGAUUUUUAGAUCGUCCUCCUCACUUUUCCAGCUUGAGGCCUCAAACUCCACCACUCCCGACAAUUAGGUCGCCUGCCACCAGUGAUCCACCCACUCCAAUAUCUGAUAUCUCUUCAGCUGUUAGCAAAAAAGGUUUUGAGAACAAGGAGGUAGCUCAAGCCUUGGAUAUGAGCAGUAAUACUAGGGUCUAUGGUUUUCAACAUAAAACUCCUCCCGGUUCAAGAUCACCAGUUGCGAGCUUGAAGGAUUGCAUGUCCCAAGUAACACACCAUAAACAAACAGUUAAGCAGGCAAAAAAGUUCCCUCAGAUAACUAAUCCGUUCCGAGUUUUGGAUGCUCCAGGAUUGCGUAAUGACUUUUAUGCCAACCUAAUCUCUUGGUCUAAGGUUACCAACAAGAUUGCUGUUGGCCUUGAUAAGGUUUUCAUUUGGGCCGAUGAUGGCCAGGUCGCUCCUUUGAGAAGUCUCUUGACAGAAGCUAUAACUUGUGUUUCAUAUGCUCCUUGCACUACAUUUCUAGCUGUAGGAACUAAAGCUGGCAGGCUGUAUCUCUAUGAUAACGCAAGUUUAAUCUGCUCAACCGUGACCAAACCAAAUACAAGUGUAUGCUGUAUCCAGUGGACCAACACUGGGAAAGAAUUAUUUAUUGGAGAUGACACUGGAAAUGUUCUAUAUUAUGAGAUUAAACAAACAUAUUGCAGUUAUGAUUUGGUGAUGAAAAAUUCCUGGAACUGCCACCAACAACAGAUUUGCGGCAUUGCAUUAAACGCAGACAAUACCCAGAUUACAGUCGGGGCAAAUGAUAAUUGUUGCACAGUUUGGGAUAUUGAGGAUAUCAGGACACCAAAGUUAAAGUUCAUGUUACCACAUUUUGCAGCCGUUAAAGCCAUAGCUUAUUGUCCAUGGGCCCCUUCUCUUUUAGCAACUGGAGCUGGGUCAAAAGAUAGAAUGAUCAGAUUUUGGCAUUCUAACUCAGGGACUUUGCUGGAUGCGUAUAACACCAAGGGCCAAAUCACUUCUAUAAUUUGGUCUGUAUCUUCCAAGCAGUUACUGGUUUCGUUUGGCUUCACGGACUUCUCUAGUCCCUUACUCAUGAGCGUCUACUCAUAUCCAAAAAUGGAUAUCUUGAUUAAUGUCCCGGCUACUUGCGAUCUAAGAGUUCUCUCAGCAGUACCAUCUCCCGAUGGGAAGUCAGUAUGCGUUGUAGCCAAUGAUGAAACGGUUAGAUUUUACCACAUAUGGGGAUCUAAAUACAGUCUAACUUUGAGCUCACAAACUGAGGGAGUAUUUGGAAGUACCUUACUGGAAUUAGCUGAAGGUGUCGGGACUAGAACAGAUAAUCUGAGAUAG